ACGAGCCAAAGCGAAAAGAAAAAGCUACAAAAUACCUGUAACAAAUAGCGCUUGUCCAACCAGUGUCCUAAAAAGGAGGAAAAUCCCGAAUUUUUAGACAAUUUAAUGGCCAUUCUGCAGAGUAGCCGGCAAAGCCACAACCAAAUCCACAUCCAGACGAUUCAUAGUGUUUGGUGCCAACAGAGGUCAAUUGAUGCCAUGCACCAGGAUGUCCGGCAAAAAAGUAUCGGAUCCGGAAACGAGGUCCAACUGGAAGCGAAGGAGAAGAAAAUGGGGGCAGAUUCCGGAGCAAAAAGAAAGAGCUCUUUCAGCAGGAGAAGAAGGAGAAGGCGCUGCAGCAGCAGUUCCACCAGCAACUCCAGUGGUUCCACAGAUUCCUCAACCAGCUCCGAUACGGAUUCCUCCUCCACCAGUAGUAGCAGCAGAAGUAAAUCGAAUUUACCACCCGCCCGCAACUUGCAAGAGCCACUCCCCCUGGCCACACCCACUGCUCCCAGCGCCUCUUCGCCCAACCCGCCUCCAUCACCUAGAAGGGACUCCAUUGAUUCCAAUCGAAGCCCCUCGCCGGUGGAAGUACCUGUGGAUCCGCAUGCCUGGUCCUCCGAGGAUAUUGCCAGCUGGGUGAAGUGGACAACGCGUAAAUUUAAACUGGAUCCAGAGCCGGAUAUCGACAGAUUCCCUAAGGACGCUCAGGAGCUGUGUGACCUGACCCGCGCGGACUUCUGGGUCUGUGCAGGAUCCAGGCGUGGCGGCAUGCUCCUGUCCAAGCACUUUGCCCUGAGCUUAUACCACGCCACCGGACGGGAGACCAGUCCCAUGCUCAACGACAACGAACCAAAUCCGUAUCAGCUGCUGAACGCUGCCUCGCACCGAUUGGUCGCCCAGGGCUCCGGGGGCCAGAUCCAGCUGUGGCAGUUUCUGCUGGAGCUGCUCGCCGAUUCGUCCAACGCCGCCGCCAUCAGCUGGGAGGGCCAAUCGGGCGAGUUCCGGCUCAUCGACCCGGACGAGGUGGCCAGGCGGUGGGGCGAGCGCAAGGCCAAGCCCAACAUGAACUACGACAAGCUGAGCCGGGCUCUCAGGUACUACUACGACAAGAAUAUAAUGACCAAGGUGCAUGGAAAGCGGUAUGCGUACAAGUUCGACUUCCAUGGACUGAUGGCCGCUUGCCAAGCUCAGGCACAGGGAGGAGAUCCUGCCUCCAGUAUGCUGGGUUCCUACAACCACCACGGAGGAGGGGCGAUGCAGUUGGCCCGCCACCCACCGCCGCUGCACCACCAUCAUCAGCACCACCAACACCCACAUCCGCAACCGCCUCCGCCCCACCAGCUGGGACAACACCACUUCCUGCAUCCGCACCACACGUCGCCCGCAUCGACUAGCUCCAGUUUGGGAUUCCCCUCGCCCUCAGCAGCCUCUUCGCAACCUUCGCCUGGUCAGGCGCCCGCCGCUCCUUCCGCCUCCACGUCGAAUUUCACUGCUCCAUUCCAAGGUGGGACAGCAGCCGGAGACUCAGCCAGGACAUCCUCAUCAACGGGGAACUACAACCAGGGCACUCCCACCACAAACGCAUUUAAUUGAGCUUGCAGCAACCCCAAUUUGUCGCCGGGGUUGUAAGUUCCGAUGGGGCAGGAAAAAGGAUGCGCAUUGGACCGCCCACUGCGCACUGAGAGCGGAGAGAUAUCCAACCAUCCAACCAUCCUGCCACCAACCAACAACCACUCAGCGAGGGUCAGACCUUUGGCCGUAAAAAGGACAUUUCGCAUAAUUCCAGCUACUUUGGGUUAAUUGAGGAAUUGUGAUAGCCUAGAGCAUCGCAGA